ACUACAAAGAUGCAAUAAUAUAUCCUGUCAGAGAUUUAUCGGGAAGAGAAAAGUUUCCUUGUCCAAAAUGUUCAAGCCUCUUCACCAGAAAGGAUAAUUUGAUGAAUCAUAUCAAAUAUGAAUGCGGACAAAUGCCCAGAUUUCAAUGUCCAUAUUGUUCAUACAGGACUCGAAACUCAUCAAAUGUUCGUGCCCAUAUCCUGACUACACCUUCGUGGAGGUGACAGAAAACGACACCGAAGUCCCAUGGGAAGCUGGCUACAAUCUUAACUCCUCUUUCUCUGAAGCUUCAAAUGAUAUCAACCCACUCUCAAUUCCCUCAGAGUCUGAUCUUGAAGGGUCACCCGACACCAAAAUGGACUCUAAACUCAACCUUUUACGAUCUUUAAAUCAUGAAAGUGGGCUUUCUAAUCCGAGUAAAUCAACCCCGAAAAAUUACGAUCUGAAGAUCUUAAAGGUUGAUUUGGUGAAACUUCCAGAUGUGAAACCUAUUAUCAGAAAGGCUCGCCGUCGCAUGAAUCCUCCAAGAUCUCGUGUCCACAAAACAAACUUCCUCACCUGUCCCAACCGGUGUGGAAAAGUAUUCUAUUUCAACCGAACUCUUAAUAAACAUUUAGAAACGGUUUGUGCUAAGACUCCUCGUUACGCAUGUCCACAAAAAGAUUGCCCUCAUCGUCACAAACAUCGUUACAUGGUUCUUCGACAUGUCAGAAAUCAUCAUCCUCAUCAUGAAGUCACUGCAAUUGAUCUUUACGAUAUCAGUUUCAACGAAUCCUUAGAAAAUGUGCAGUCUAAUAUCAUAGAUCCUUUUGAAGAUGAAGACACCAUAGAAAAAUGGAUGAAGCAAAAUGUGCUAAAGUCUAUUAAAUAUUGGAAUGCAGACAGCGAGAUCAAGAUAUCCAAUGUUUCCAGCCUGGCCAGAACUGAGGACAUCAAACAGGAAACGAAGCAGUUGCAGCUUGUAAAAAACCCUCUACAGCGAGAAUCAAAGCACUCUUGUCCAAAUAAUUGUGGUAGAGCUUACAAAAAUCAAAACACUCUCAAAUCACAUGUGCAGUACGAGUGCCAGCAAAAACCGAGGUUCAAGUGUCCAUAUUGCACUAUCCACAGUAAAUAUUCUCGAAAUAUUCUUCAUCAUGUGAGAGUUCUUCAUAAGGAUCGCGAAAGCUACGCCAUUGACAUUGUCACGAAAAAAAUUUUUGGGAAUAUUCGACGACGUCAGUCUGAGAGACUUUGUAAUGCCGUAAAAGUUGCUCAAAACGAUUAGAUUUACGGCGGACCGGCCCACCGAGGAGAAAUUCCCGACCGAAGUAGGUGUUGCACUUCCACUUCGAUUUCUUUCGAAGCGCUCGAGAAGAGCACAGUGUGAAGUUUUGCACUGAGUAUAGGCUCGUUUCCCUCGAUGAAGUGGUGGGAGAGCACGAGUAUGUCGGAGAGAUACGAAGCUCUCCCACCACUUCUGACAGUGCUCGUGAGCUCGUCCGCUCUCUGAAUAUUUCGUGUUUUCGGGAGCAGACUGCGUCACUAGUACGAGAUAUGAGGAAGUGGAAGUCACAGAGCAACAUCUGAUUUAAGAGAAGCUGAUACAAAUUUUUAUUGAAAAGAUUGCCUUUAAUUAUAGUUUAUUUUAAUGUAAAAUAUAAUACAAAUAUUAUGUUAUAGUUUAAGUUUUAAUCCUGAAAGCUUCCUCAAGUUUUAGAAUAUAAGUAUAGGAAGAUGGUUUUAUAAUAAAAUUAAUUUUUAUUUUAUGUUGACUAAAUUCAAAUAUCAUGUUCCACUUUUGAAAUAUGUUGUUUCGUGCAGGUUGAAUCAGAAUUGUAUCAUUAUGUUUGUUCCCUGAAGGUUAUUUUAUUUUAAUGGUAUCAAAUACCU